UUGACUCUUGUUAGCUACCCGCUUGAUUCGAAUCGGUUCGAAUCGGUUCGAACCGAUUCGAGUCGAUUCGAACCGAUUCGAACCGAUUCGAGUCGAUUCGAACCGAUUCGAACCGAUUCGAACCGAUUCGAACCGAUUCGAACCGAUUCGAAAAAAAUUUUGUUAGCUACCCGCUUGACUCUUGUUAGCUACCCGCUUGAUUCGAUCCGAUUCGAGUCGAUUCGAGUCGAUUCGAGUCGAUUCGAACCGAUUCGAGUCGAUUCGAACCGAUUCGAACCGAUUCGAGUCGAUUCGAACCGAUUCGAACCGAUUCGAACCGAUUCGAACCGAUUCGAACCGAUUCGAAAAAAAUUUUUGUUAGCUACCCGCUUGACUCUUGUUAGCUACCCGCUUGAUUCGAUCCGAUUCGAGUCGAUUCGAGUCGAUUCGAACCGAUUCGAGUCGAUUCGAACCGAUUCGAACCGAUUCGAGUCGAUUCGAACCGAUUCGAACCGAUUCGAACCGAUUCGAACCGAUUCGAACCGAUUCGAAAAAAUUUUUGUUAGCUACCCGCUUGACUCUUGUUAGCUACCCGCUUGAUUCGAUCCGAUUCGAGUCGAUUCGAGUCGAUUCGAGUCGAUUCGAGUCGAUUCGAGCCGAUUCGAGCCGAUUCGAGUCGAUUCGAGCCGAUUCGAAUCGAUUCGAAUCGAUUCGAAUCGAUUCGAAUCGAUACGAGGCAUUUUUUUUUAAUUUUUCUGGGUGGUUAUUCGAGUCUGGGUGGUUAUUCGAGUCUAUUCGAGUCGAUUCGAGUCGAUUCGAGUCGAUUCGAGCCGAUUCGAGUCGAUUCGAGCCGAUUCGAGCCGAUUCGAGUCGAUUCGAGCCGAUUCGAAUCGAUUCGAAUCGAUUCGAGGCAUUUUUUUUUAAAUUUUUAAUAAAAAUCUGGAAUGAAAAAUUGGGGUUUUCGCCUUCACAGUUACUUCUGGGUGGUUACUAAGCCUAAGCCUUUUUUAACAGUGUUAAAAAUUUUCUUUCAAUUUUUUUAGCUUUAAAGUUGCUUCUGGGUGGCUUACUAAGCUUUUUUUUACAUUUUUGGAUUUGUCCAAAUCUGUAACUUUUUUUAAAAAAAUUUUUUGUUAGCUACCCGCUUGACUCUUGUUAGCUACCCGCUUGAUUCGAAUCGGUUCGAAUCGGUUCGAACCGAUUCGAGUCGAUUCGAACCGAUUCGAACCGAUUCGAGUCGAUUCGAACCGAUUCGAACCGAUUCGAACCGAUUCGAACCGAUUCGAACCGAUUCGAAAAAAAUUUUUGUUAGCUACCCGCUUGACUCUUGUUAGCUACCCGCUUGAUUCGAUCCGAUUCGAGUCGAUUCCGAGUCGAUUCGAGUCGAUUCGAACCGAUUCGAGUCGAUUCGAACCGAUUCGAACCGAUUCGAGUCGAUUCGAACCGAUUCGAACCGAUUCGAACCGAUUCGAACCGAUUCGAACCGAUUCGAAAAAAUUUUUGUUAGCUACCCGCUUGACUCUUGUUAGCUACCCGCUUGAUUCGAUCCGAUUCGAGUCGAUUCGAGUCGAUUCGAACCGAUUCGAGUCGAUUCGAACCGAUUCGAACCGAUUCGAGUCGAUUCGAACCGAUUCGAACCGAUUCGAACCGAUUCGAACCGAUUCGAACCGAUUCGAAAAAAAUUUUUGUUAGCUACCCGCUUGACUCUUGUUAGCUACCCGCUUGAUUCGAUCCGAUUCGAGUCGAUUCGAGUCGAUUCGAGUCGAUUCGAGUCGAUUCGAGCCGAUUCGAGCCGAUUCGAGUCGAUUCGAGCCGAUUCGAAUCGAUUCGAAUCGAUUCGAAUCGAUUCGAAUCGAUACGAGGCAUUUUUUUUAAUUUUUCUGGGUGGUUAUUCGAGUCUGGGUGGUUAUUCGAGUCUAUUCGAGUCGAUUCGAGUCGAUUCGAGUCGAUUCGAGCCGAUUCGAGUCGAUUCGAGCCGAUUCGAGCCGAUUCGAGUCGAUUCGAGCCGAUUCGAAUCGAUUCGAAUCGAUUCGAGGCAUUUUUUAAAUUUUUAA